CGAAGACAAAAGAUCAAAAGAGCUCGCGAGAGUUUCGCGACCAUCUACAGUUACUAUGUUACUAUCUCCACAAUCGCGAUUCGGUGAACUUUCCAAAUUGGGCCAACAGUCCUGAAAGUGGCACGAUUGUUAUCGGUUUGCUAGGGACACCACACCCACCAAAGAAGAAUGGAAAAGGCCAAGCAUGAUCUACGCAUCCUGAUGGCGGCAGAAGAAGCGAAAGAAAACCUGUCCGAAUCCGAAAGGAGUCUGCAUGUAGCGGCGGCUGAUAGAGCAGGAAGCACUGCGGAUCGAUAUUCCUCUUCAUCGUACAGCGCGGCAGUCGAGGAGGCGACUACAAUAGAUAGAAAAAUAUUAGCCCUGCUCAGCUUGUCUGGAGAAGCCACUCAGAUCCAUCGAAAGAGGAACGGGGAAGAAAACAUGUAUCGAGAAGUUCUUGAGGCAAUAGAAAGGGAGAACCAAGAAAGCUGAGGCAGAAUGGCCUAGGUGGUAGGCGCAAUAUCAAACUCCUCCUGUAGCUUCUUAUCAUAGGCAGUUUUGUCUCCCA